AUGCAGCAUGACUCUUGGGAUAAGGCCUCUGAUGUGGAAAACGUGAUGGGCUGUAUGAUCCAGCAUUCGAUGGCUCUCACUAUAGCUCAACUUUGUCGUGGCAAUGAGAUAGUGCCAUCAUUACUUGCUCAGGACCCGGAUUAUACAGAGGUAGCAGAAACCAUCCUAACUAAGAAGGGAUUCAAGGUUGUUGGACCUCACGGUGCAGGGGGAUUCGCGGAAAUCGAGGACGAAUCAAUCGUGAUAUCACCCUUUGCUGCCGCCCCAGUCAAGCAGAUUAUCGCCGAUCUCGCCCGGCCUGUGCUCAUUAUUUCCACCGGCUUUGAUGUCUUCAAUGGCAAUGAAAAACCAUUGGCAGAUGCUGAAUCUCCGAGAACAAGGCAAAUGUGGCUUGAUUAUGAUGUCUUUAGCCUUCCAAGCCACUCUGAUGAUGUUGAAAUAUGCUCUACAUUGAAAGGAUUAUAUUUGUAUCACAGACGCCAGCAACCUCUGGAAUCGCAAGGAGCUUAA